AUGCAAAUACAUCAGAAGAGAUUCCUUGCCCGGGGCUCGGAGCAGAGCAGGCUCGGACAGGAGAGCGGCGCGAUGAGGCUGUUUGUGUUGCUGGCUGUGCUUUACAGUGGAGCAAGCAGCAGCAUCGUGCUGCAGAAAAUGUAUGGGAGGUUCACGUCUCCCAACUUCCCAAAUGUUUACCCCAAUCACAAGGAGAGAAUCUGGAAUAUUACUGUCCCCAGGGGUUUUUCUGUCCGCAUCUACUUCACCCAUUUCAACCUGGAGCUGUCGUACCUGUGUGAAUAUGAUUAUGUGAAGCUGAGCUCUGGUGGGACAACCUUGGCUACGCUGUGUGGAAAGGAUAGUACAGACACCGAGGAGGCUCCAGGCAACAAGACAUAUGUCUCCGUUGACAACAACCUCAUGGUGGUGUUUCGGUCUGAUUACUCCAAUGAGAAACCGUUCACAGGCUUUGAGGCCUUUUAUGCUGCUGAAGAUAUCGAUGAGUGCAAACAGCUGUUCGCUGGUGAGCCCCUCUGCAAUCAUCACUGUCACAACUACGUGGGGGGCUACUAUUGCAGCUGUCGAGUUGGCUACACACUGCAUGGAAACAAGAGGACGUGCACAGUUCACAACCAGGGAGGGUUUAUGUGUCGUCAGGCAGCGAAGUGUCUGUCUGAGUCGGCACCGUGA